CCAUUUCAUCAACAAGGCCAAACUACUAAAAAUAGAAUUUUAGAUACUUCCGCUCUAUUUUGGGUUCGCGCAUGCGCGAAAAACGAGGGACAAACAUUGCCAUUUUGUCCCUCUUCCGCUUGUUAGAAUCGUAGCGCGGUUUCGGAUAUUUUAACACGAUGCCAGCUAAACACUGUGCGUAUGGGAUCUGCCGAAGUGACAACCGCUAUACGGAUAGGCCUGACAUGGCAGGGAUCCAUUUUAUUUUGUUUCCUAAGUUUCACAAGCAGCCUGAGAAGUGUACAAGGUGGGUUCGCGCCUGUCGUCGAGAGGGCUUUACGACGGACAAGGUCAACAAGUACACCUACAUAUGUUCAAAGCACUUUAUCGGCGGGAAUGGUCCUUCACUUGAACAUCCCGAUCCUAUCCCGGCAACAUAUACAUUUGAUCAGGUGGUGAAAUUUUCUAAGAAAAGAAAGAGCCCUGUGGAGAGAUGUCCCCUUCCAUGUAAGGUAUCCAGGUUGGAGCCCACUUCUACAGCAGGUGAUGGCCUAUCUUUACUUGCAGUGUGUGCAGCUGACCACCCAUACACCUCUAGAAAGCACCUGGAGUGGCAGGAAACAGUCAAUACUGAAUUGGAACAGAAUGUCUGUGCUACUGGUGCUGACAUAGAAGAGGCUACCUUGACUGAGCUCAGGUCCAGUGAUGCUGCCUGCCAAGCAAUGCCAACAACGAAGCAUGAGUCCAAUCAGACUGAGUUUGUGUGUUCCAGCAUUCUGGUAUCUAAAAUUUAUGAAAAGAUGACAGCACAAGUCCCUGAUUCAGAUUGUGAAAUAAGCAGGGAUCUUGACAACAAAAGCUGUGAUUUACUAUUUAAUAAUUUGGUAUCUAAUAAGAAGAAAUUCAAGUACUAUACUGGCAUGAAAACUGUUCAUUUUAAUCAUCUUUUUGCUUCCCUUGGUGACAGUGUAAAUGACAUCUGUUACUGGCGUGGAAAUAAGAUAAGUUCCAGUAAACCUGGCAAGUGCCGGGUUUUAUCAAUCAAAGACCAGCUUGUUUUGACACUUGUCAGAUUAAGGAGAAACUUUCCAACAAAAGAUUUAUCCUAUAGAUAUAACAUCAGUGUCGGUUCUGUUUCCUGUAUCAUUACCACUUGGAUUCAGUUUCUGUACAUGAAAUUUAUUACUUUGAAAGAUCACAUCUUUCCUUCUAGACAUCUUAUCAGGAAAACAUUGCCAUCUGUGUUUAAAAGCUUCAAAAACAUCAGAGUUAUUGUUGAUUGUUUCGAAGUGUUUUCUGAGCGACCAAGUGAUUAUGGUGAGCAAGGUAACAUGUACUCUCAGUACAAAACUCACAACACCUUGAAAGUUUUACUUGGAAUUUCUCCAACUGGUGCUGUUACAUUUUUGUCUGAUGCAUAUGAAGGUAGCAUAUCAGACAGAGAUAUUAUCAGGAAAUCAGGCUUUCUGGAAAAAAUUAACCCAGGUGAUUUGAUCUUAGCCGAUAGAGGCUUCAAUAUCAAAGAUCUCCUCAUGAGCCGUAGAGCACACUUGAAUAUUCCUCCAUUUCUAGGCAAAAGGGACAAGCUGACUCCUCAAGAAGAUAUCUUGACUCGAUCUAUUGCUAGAACAAGAAUACAUGUGGAGAGAUCAGUGGGAAGGUUGAGGGAGUAUCGUAUAUUAAACACAGUUAUUCCUCUUUCAAUGAAACACUUAGCGUCCCAGAUAGUUUUUGUUAUAGGAAUGCUUUCCAACUAUCAGCCACCACUUGUUAAAUAGGGCAUUAGCCCAUUACCAUGAUUGAAUUUAUAAUACAUGUGAUAGGAGGUACGAUAAUUCUAGUCCGAGUAGUUGUCGUUAUCGGCUGAUUAUUUUUCAAUAUCUCAUAAAUACUACUUUUUUUUUACAAUAAAAAGCGCACUAAAACAUGUACAUCAUGAACCAAGUCAUCACUCAGCAUCUAUCGCCAGGUUCCAUUUGCGAUGCCAUAUAUCGGUGAUCAAUCAUGACUUGUCACUACCUGCAGCAAGAAAUAAUAACAAAGAGUAAUAUUGCGCGUCAAAUUUUUAUUGACACCUCAUGUAUAUGUCCACGGCUGGCGCUGGUGAACAAUUUUAGACUCAUGUCUGUUUCAGUUUUCACUGCGUCCUUAUCAAAUAGCUACUAAUUAGUUAAUCAGUUUUAUUUUUGUGAA